AUGCACUUCAUCGAAAAAAAUAUGGAUCAAGAAACUCGGCUGCAGCAAGUACCCAACUUUAGAGAUGUUGGCAAAACCGUCAACCAGCAUCUAGGAGAGAGACGCAUUCGCGAGGGCCUCUUUUACCGCUCUGGAAGGCUAGACGAUGCCACCGCUGCGGACAAGAACCUCAUCCGAGAUGAGCUUGAGAUGAAGACUGUCAUUGAUUUACGGACAAAAGCGGCCAUAGAACACGACUACUUUCUCACUGACGCUGCUCUUGUGCCCAGCCGGCCUCAGAUGCUUAUAGAAAUCCAUGAGAUUGGCUUAACUGAUGAGUGGGCGGGUACUGCAAACGAUAUGAUUUCCUCGAUUGAAUCUCACAUCAAAGCCAAAUACGGAAGCUUAGACGGCUACCUUGACUCCAUUGGGUUUGGCCAAGAGCAGCGAGCUCUGGUCCAAAAGACUCUACUUUACUGA